AAAGAAUUGCGUACUGAACUGCAAGAAUUGAGACGUUAUAUUCGCCGUGAAUUUCCCAGACAACUUAAAAUAACUAAUACGGGAGUUGCAAUGUAUGAUCCGUGUGUUGCACACUGUCUUUGUUAUGCACUUGGCAAUUGGUUUAGUCUUAAUUCAGGUAAUGAUAUUGAAAAUGCAAUAAAGGAUAUCGCAGGUACUCAUGUAUCUAAUAUUACACCUGACCGCCCGGAUAGAACUAUUGCCGGAAUUUCAAAUUUACAAGAAUGGACAUGGUCUACAGAUAGUGAAAAAAUUGGAUUUAUUGCGGCAAGAGCUUUGCCAGGAAUAGGAGAUUGGAAAGAAUGGUCUCUCACGAAUUUAAAUAAUAUUACAAAAUCACAAAAAAUAGAAAAACCUAAUCCUAUCUCGACAAAUCAUACUCAACCUCAUAAGUCUUGGACAAUGCCAAUUAUUCAAGACCAAA